AGUUGAACAGAACUGAAUGUAAUAAUACAUUAUGCUUUGAGGAUACCAGUUCUUCCUAGGAACGUUUUUUGUUACAAGACUUUAAAGGGGAGGAAAAGACAAGGAGGUAUAAUGAGAGAGAAUACUCUUGGCAUGUAUAACGUAUAUUGUGUCUGCAAUAAAACUUAGCUUUUGUUAUAUCCUCCUGUGCCCUACGAACAUAUAUAAACCCUUGCAUUCUCAAAUCCUAGUAAAGAAUAUGUGUAUUUAAUUUAAAAUUCAUUGUUGGCGAAAAAGGAAAUUUUCUCUUUAACAUAACUUAAAUAUUUUUCUCCUUUAUUCUGAAGAGACACUAAUGAUACUGGAUGAGUCCAAUUUUUCUCAUUAUCUUUAAAGAAUAGAGUAAAAAGUUGGUUUUAAUUUGUUAUAAAUUUAAAACAACGUGUCAAGAAACAAAAAGCCAUAUGAUAUUCCCUCAUGGAAAUUUUUUUUCUGAAAUUGAAGAAGAUGGAACUUUGUAUCUAAUGAAUACAUCUAUCCAUAUAUAGUACAUAUGAUUUUCUUUGGCCCCCUUUAUGUAUGUGAGUGAUCUAUCUUUCAAAGUUAUUUUAAACACUGUGGGACCUUGCUGCUGCUUUUCCAUAUAGAAAAUAUAUAUUGUUUACAUUCUGAUCUAACAGCUCCCAAAUAUUCAGAUUUUUGUUUAGGAGAAUAAUUAUGUAGUUCUUUAUGACUUGGGGGUAUUUCUUGAAUAACAACAUUUAGAUGGCGCAUUCUGAUUCAAAAUAGAAAUCCUCUUUAGGUGUUGUGAAGAAAUAAUAAUUAAGCCAUUUUGCUAAAUUGAGAGGGGUCUCCUCUAUAGAAAUGAUGGAAGUGGAUUAUUAUAAUGCACACUGUGCAUUUGGCAUGGUAUGAUUCUAAAUUUGGAAUCUUAAAUCUAGAACUUAUGUGAACAAAAAGUGCUAUCAAAUCAGGUUGACUGUUAAUUAUAUUCUUUUCAUCUGAUUUGAACACCAAAUUAUUCAACCAUUAACUAAGGUCAAAAAAGCGGACAUUCAAUGAUUUGAUAUCUAUAACAUGUUUCAUGUAGUAAAAUUAACUGCCUGUAGUUUGGGUUACACAGGAAAAACAUUACUGUCACUAGUCAAGUGGUGUGUUUUUUACAAGCCACCAAAAAAUCUCUUCUGAUUUCUGCUUAGGAGACUAAAUUGGUUGAUAAAGACAAUAAUAACACUGAAAUCUCUAACUCCACACAGAAUAGUAAGAAUAUAGGAAGACUUAUGCAAUAGUUUAGGUUGAAGAAUGUUUCUAAUAAAAAUCGUCGGGCUUGUCUUCUGUUAAGCCUUAUUCUUCCUGCUAUGAUGUAUGUUGUUUUCAAAGUGAGUAUAUUAAUUGUGGUACAGUCAGAAUACUCACUAAGAAAGUUAAGAUCUUCUGUUUGCUUUCAGAAAAGUUAUGGAAAAGCAGUUUUUAUCCAAAGCAAAGAGUCUCACAGAAUAAUUUUAUUAACCCUGGAUGUAUUUAAUGGAGUUUUACUAAGCCCAUAAUUUCCAAAAGCAUUGUUAUUUCUUUAUUAAUUAUAAAUAUAGUGUAACCAUUUCAUUGGGUUACACAGAGCUACCCAGUUGUGCAUGUCUGAUGUAAUUUCACAUAUGAAUGUAUGAAUUACUUGUCUUAUUCAUGUUGAUACAGCCUCAGUCCAUGGCGCAUCCGUGUGGGGGGACCCCAACAUACCCAGAAUCACAGAUAUUUUUCCCAACUAUUCAUGAACGUCCAGUUUCUUUUUCACCACCUCCCACCUGCCCACCGAAGGUGGCAGUUUCCCAGCGGCGUAAGAGCACCUCCUUCCUGGAAGCCCAAACACGCCACUUCCAGCCCCUGCUGAGGACUGUUGGCCAAAAUCUUCUUCCACCUGGUGGCAACCCAACUAACUGGACACCAGAGGCCGUAGUUUUGUUGGGUACUACAACCAGUAAAAUAACUGGAGAGCCAUGUGAGAUACAGGUCCAUCCUGUGUUUGAACCAGCUCAAAUUUACAGUGACUAUAGACCUGGACUAGUACUUCCAGAAGAAGCUCACUAUUUUAUUCCUCAGGAAGCAGUGUAUCUAGCUGGGGUACAUUACCAGACCCAGGUGGCAGAACAGUAUGAGGGUAUUCCGUACAACUCACCAGUACUCUCAAGCCCUAUGAAACAGAUACCUGAACAGAAGCCAGUCCAAGGGGGCCCUACUUCAACUUCUGUCUUUGAAUUUCCAUCUGGACAGGCUUUCCUGGUAGGACACCUUCAGAAUUUAAGAUUAGAUUCUGGAUUGAGUCCAGGAUCUCCCCUCUCUAGUGUUUCUGCACCUAUCAGUACAGAUGCUGCACGUUUGAAAUUUCACCCUGUCUUUGUUCCUCAUUCUGCGCCUGCUGUGUUAACUCAUAACAAUGAGAGCAGAAGCAAUUGUGUAUUUGAGUUUCAUGUUCACACGCCAAGCUCCUCUUCAGGAGAAGGAGGAGGAGUUUUACCACAGCGUGUUUACCGAAAUCAACAGGUUACAGUGGACUUAAGUCAGGAAGAAACGCCUCCUCAAUCAGUUGGAUUACAUGGCCGCCUGCAGCCUGUGACUGAAGAACAGCAUAAUUACCAUGCCCCAGAAUUGACUGUUUCUGUGGUAGAGCCUAUCGGACAGAACUGGCCAAUAGGAAGCCCAGAAUAUUCCAGUGAUUCCUCACAAAUUACUUCUUCAGAUCCCAGUGAUUUUCAAUCACCUCCCCCUACAGGGGGUGCAGCAGCACCUUUUGGCUCUGACGUCUCAUUACCCUUUAUCCGUCUGCCUCAGACAGUGUUGCAAGAAUCCCCACUUUUCUUCUGUUUCCCCCAAGGAACCACCUCUCAGCAGGUCUUAUCUGCUUCAUUAUCUUCAGGAGGAUCUACACUCCAUCCACAGGUUAUAGGAAAACUUCCACAAUCCUUUUAAACUACCCUACUCUGUACCAUUACAUUUAAGUUUUCUAUCCCUCAUUUCCAUUGAUGAGGAAUAUUGUUUAAUUUUAUAUGUAUUUUCCACAUUGGCGGAUUACAAACUACUUGUAUUUAAGAAAUAUGAGAGAGAAACUGCGUAAUUUAUGUGUAAUAUGUGCAAAUCCUUGGAAAAGUACAAAAGUUAGAAUCUUAGUUAUUCCUGAAAAACAAUUUUAUCUAUUUGUAGUAUGUUUUCAAUUAAUAGUGGAGAAAAAAUACGAAUAUCUAUAAUGUGCAGUUAACUCAGCAUUGAUUACUUAAAAAUAGUAAUGUGAAGUAUUUCUUCCUAGAAACAAACAUGACUAGUUUAAGAAUAAUAAACAAUAACUUUUUUUCCUGUAAAUAAUGAAUACUUUUUUGAAGUAUUAAAAAUGCACUGAAUUUUCAUUAGUGUGGAAGAUACUAAAAGAGAAAGGGAGUAUCCUAGGAAAUUGCCUUAACAAAUGAAGGUGCCUUUUUCAAAUGACAUCAAACAAGUAACUGUGUGCUAUAUGACUAAGUAAAAUAUUAAUCCAUAAAAUAGACUGAUUUUAAUUUUUAGCAACUAAGAAACUAGUGUCAGUGGUGGGGUUUUUGUUGUUUUAAGAAUUUGUGAUAUGUUGCAAGUUAAGGAACAUUAGAUACCUCGUGAUCUUACUUUUUUCUCAACAAAUUUAAAUUUUGCUAUUCAUCAGUAUGAGCGUAUACACUAUCAUGCAAAUAAAAAGUAAUGGACAUAAUAGAAUUCAAGAAGUGAAAUCAGAAACUGAUACAUUUUAGCAAAUGUAUAAAUGUCAUGAAAUCUAUAUGUAAUUACAUUUUUAAGACAUGAUUUGGAUCUUUUAGAUAGUCCACUCUUUCGUAAGGUACUCUAUGUUCUUCCUACUUUCUUCCCCCACUAGGAGCAUAACCAACCCUGCAAAUGUAUAUAAAGUAUCAGUUACUUAGAAUAGUACUGAGAAGCAAAAAGAUCCAGAAAUUUGAAAAUUACACUGCCUGGCAUGCAGUAUACUCCUUACUCCUUACUGUAAAUACUAAUGUACUACCAGCCAUUGUCCUUUAAACUUUCCAAAGUAAAAUUUCAAAUAUCAGGUAGUUAAUUUACAGCUACAGUGCAGAAAAAAAAUGAAUACUUAAAGGUGCAGUGGAAUGUGAUGUUAUACCCAAGUAAACUUCAAAGAAAUCCCACUAAACUGAAAUGAAACCUCAAAAGUCGUAGCCUUUUUAUUUCCUUAACUACCCUUUCUAAAUUGUGCAUUCAUUUCUCACUUUCUCAUUUAGACUUCCUGAAAGUUGGAAUAUUCUAAGUCAGGUUUUCUCAAAUUCAACGCUAUUAACAUUUUGAAUUGGAUAAUUCUUUGUCAUGGGUGACUGCUCUGUGCAUUAUAGGAUGUUUAGCAGCAUCCUUGGCCUUAAGCAGCCACCUCCCUCAGUUGUGACAACCAAAAAUUUUCCUGGUGGUGGUGGUGGAACAGAAUUGCCCAUGAUAAACUACCACUCUAGGUACUUAGCAUUUGAUAAUAGAUUUUCUUUUUACAUUUUUAAUAAAAGUCACCAUAUUACUACAAGAAACAGCAAAAGGAACCAAAUUAGUAUUAUCAUCUGUCUCUUCAGAUACAAAGUUUUUUACACUUACCUUUUUCUUAAUUAUAUUUUCAGUAAUAAUUU